AUGAGCAGCAGCAGCAGCGUGGCGUCGGCGGCCCACGGCGCAGCGACAUGCGUCGCCCUAGGCUCCGUCGUUGCGAGCCUCCGCGCGCGCCGGCCUGCGCCACCCUCGCCGCUCUUCUCGGCGCUGGCGGCCGGCUGCGGUAUCUUUCGCCUCCUCCAAGCGCGCUCGCCGCGCGUCGCAGCGGGCCUCGCCGCUGUCGCCUUCUUCCGGCUCAUUUCCGAUGCGCACAAGCACAUUGUGCUCUCGUAUGCGCUCAUCGAGUCGGCGCUUCAAGUGUACGCGCUCUGCCCGGCGUCGGCGCUCCUCGAGCACGCGACCAGCGUCGCCGUCACGUCACGACUCAUGUACAUCUACCUAUUCCGCUGCGAGUGGAUCUUGCCGUCGCAGCUCAAGAUGCUCGACUACCAGUCGUGCCUGCCGGCCGAGAUCCUCGCGGCAACGCGCCGCGAGAUUCGGACCGGCCGUGGCUCGCGCUGCGCGUGUUUCCACCCGAAUAAAUCGUGCGCUGCGUUCCUUCGCGACGAGAGCGCCAAGCAUCUCGUGAGCGGGGCCAAGAUCUUUCUUCCGAUCCACGUCGUGAGCGCGCUGCUCGCGUGGAAGGCGCGCCCGAUCGACGUGCGCAAGCACUUGGUCGAUUACAUGCGGUCGAUUCUCUUCCUCUCGGGCAACUACGUCUUCCCGUACACCUUUUCGUGCCUUGUUCCGAUCGCCAACCACCGCGUCGCCAUCUCGUUAGCGACGCUCACGCCGUUUCUGGCACAAUAUUUUGAACCGGCGAAGCGGCGCUUUACGAUCCGCAAAGCCGUCGCGUCCUAUAGCCUCAUCACGGUGUUUUAUCAACUCAAAGAGUUGGGCGUCUGCCGCAAGCUCACACGGUCGCACGUGCUUUCGGCCGCCACGUGUCUGUACGCAGCGUGCAUGGUGUGGCUCCUCGAGCACCCCGAGAAGCAAAACCGAUGGCUCAUGUACGGCCUCUACGGCCGCGACGUCCGACUGCCCAAGCCACCACAGGCGGACAUCGAGGGCAAGCGCCAAGCCACAAGUUGACGGGGGUUAUCGACUUGCUACACUAGAAGGGUAUAUUGCCAACAGAGAGAUGUCUAU